CGCAAACGUCCCGGCCUCGGAAUAUCCUUUGAAAUCAACCAUCUCCAAUUCUUUCCAUUCUUCCAGGCUACCCCAUCGUACCCCAACCAUGUCUUCCCCCCUUCAAUCCUUCCGCAACCUCCCCCAACGAACGCGCAUCGGUGUCGGUCUCGCCUUCCUAGCUUGGGGCACAAUCGGUCUCUAUAUCUCAGAUACCGCGGAAAAGAAGCUUGGCUACGAACCUACUGAGAAGGACAAGGAGGCCCUGGAUGCAGUCGUACCCAAGAUUACGUUCGUGGACAAGGAAGAUGGGAAGAGCUGAGUGAGGCCGCGCAAACAUAUUUGGGGGUGCGUUUGAACGAUGCGAGGAAGGAUCGUGCCUAGACUUGGGAACUUGUGGAUGUGAGGCAUAUCAAACGACCAGUUGAAGAAAAGAAAUCUGGAAGACCUGGGUAUUUGGAGAGAGCUGGCCGUGAGACCAAUUGCUUCUUGCUAUAUGGAGCGCCAUCCGAUGCCGUGUUUGAAUACGACUAAGCGCCUUUUUUCUGAGGGCAAGAAGUUCCAGCAACCAUUCAUAAAGGAAUGAAAGAACAUUAGGUGAAGGAGGAGUUAUAAGUGACGAUAUGUUUAUUGGUUGUUGCUCUAUGAUCUCUCAAGCUCGCAACAGUUCCUCCGAGCCCUGUACAGCUAUUGACGGCGGACAUUCAAGGAAGGGUCUCUGCAAUGCGGUCGAACCCUUGAAAAAUACGGAACUUCGGGGGAAACAAGAUAGAUAUUUAGAAGACAUGCUACUCGAUCAUU